AGGUCAAGCAAUAACCAACAAAUUAUGUCCAGAUCAGUCUUACAUCCCUUGCUGGUGUGCAGCCUGGCCAUCAUCUGGGUCGCGGUUCUGGCCUCCGACGACCCCCAACAGCAACCCUCCAGUAACGACUUAGGUGCCUUCAACAACGUGGGUGCUCUCGACGAGAAAGAGGAGUUCGUGGACCCUUACGGCUUCGAUUACGAGCUGGCAAAGCGAAGAAUGGACCGAUACGGGUUCUUUGGCGGCAUCGGCAAGCGUCGACUGGAUCGAUUCGGGUUCUACGGGGGCAUCGGCAAGCGCGACGCGGGUGGCUUCGACGACUGGAACGGUGCGACGGAAGACUUGGAGAAACGUCAGCUCGAUCCCUUCGGCUUCAGCGGGGGGAUCGGAAAAAGAAAAAUGGACCGCUUCAGCUUCACCGGAGGAAUCGGGAAACGGAGGAUGGAUCGGUACGGUUUCUCCGGCGGAAUUGGAAAGAGGAGGCUCGACCGAUUCAGCUUCACGGGCGGUAUCGGUAAGAGGAGGAUGGAUCCGUUCAGCUUCACUGGAGGAAUCGGGAAAAGGCGGCUGGACAGGUUCGGGUUCGCUGGCGGCAUAGGAAAACGAGGAUUGGACAAAUUCGGGUUUGCCGGGGGAAUCGGAAAGAGGCGAUUGGAUCGUUUCAACUUUGCCGGCGGAAUCGGCAAGAGAACGCCGGACGAUUUCGAGGAUAACGUCGUGGACUUUGAAAAGCAGGCGGAUGAAGUGAGAGAAUUGGAUAAAAGAUCAACAGACACCGCAGAAAGUCACAUGGUUAGUACAAUUAUUUAUCAUAAUUUCCUGGAAAUGUUUGUGUGAAUUCUGUUUCACACAUUUGCGCGAAUUCAUUGGCAUAGGCGUUGAUGUGUAGUAUAUACAAGCUACGUAAAAUAUAAUUUUAGCAUUAACACUUAUAAUUCUAAAUUUCAACAAAAAAAACUAAACAAUUGAGAUCAGUUUUAGAGGAAGUAUAUUACACACACCAUGCCGAGACAAUACUCGAAGUGACUUCCCCCGUUCAAUGUCACUCGAAGUUACUUCCCCCAUUCAAUUUCCCUGGAAGUGAGUUCCCCGAUUCAAUGUCACUCGAAGUGACUUUCCACAUUCAAUGUCACUCGAAGUGACUUUCCACAUUCAAUGUCACUCGAAGUGACUUUCCUUAAUAAAUGUCCUUUUUUUAAAAAAAGGCGACUAAACCUUAAUUAGGAGACACAUUUGUUAUUGCUUAUCGAACAAAAAUUUAAAUAAAAUACACCCAUAUUGAAAUCAAUACUCUUCUUGGGAAACCAUAAAUGAAUUACUCAAAACCCAUAAUAAUCAGUGGCGUAGCUAAGCUCGGUGCCGACCGGGGAGGGUGGCACAAUUUCAUGCCGCACCCUUUACACGAAAAUACCUGUAUUUUACCGAAAAUUCGGGCCCUCAAUGUAAAGAAAAAAAGAUCCCCCCCCCCCCUCGCUGGGACCAUCUCCCUCUGUAUCCCCCACUUCCUGCGCCCAUGCCGCUAACUCUAUGAUUUAAAAAUAUAAACUAUAAAACAUCAGGAGAAUUUUUAGUUAUUGUAUUUGUUUUAAACUUUAGUGUUUGACUUUUUAAAAUACAAAAUUAGAUCAUUCGUGACAGCUUCUGGAGUUUGAACAGCGCGCGUUAACGAAAGGAAGCCACUUAUGCUAGAUGACCCUCUAAAUAGCGUAAGUUAACGAAAGGAAGCCAUUUAUGCUAGAUGACCCUCUAAAUAGCGUAAGUUAACGAAAGGAAGCCAUUUAUGCUAGAUGAGCCUCUAAAUAGCGUAAGUUAACGAAAGGAAGCCAUUUAUGCUAGAUGAGCCUCUAAAUAGCGUAGGUUAACGAAAUGAAGCCAUGUAUGCUAGAUGAGCCUCUAAAUAGCGUAAGUUAACGAAAGGAAGCCAUUUAUGCUAGAUGAGCUUCUAAAUAGCGUAAGUUAACGAAAGGAAGCCAUUUAUGCUAGAUGAGCCUCUAAAUAGCGUAAGUUAACGAAAGGAAGCCAUUUAUGCUAGAUGAGCCUCUAAAUAGCGUAAGUUAACGAAAGAAAGCCAUUUAUUCACAGGUUUUUUUUUACAAACAACUAGAGAUAAUGCUAGGCACAGGUUUCUAACAAUCCACUACAAAUAAUCCUAGACUACAGGAGAAGAUUAGCCUGCAUUGAAGCCCAAACAAUAUCAUUUAAUAUCACAAUAAACAUUCAUCCCAAUCUAGAAGCCUAAACGCAAUAACUCACAAAUAGAAUGCACAAAGAGAUUUCCGGAGUUACUGAAAUAUUUGAACGAAAUUUUAAAUCUUAAGAGUUCAGUUUUUUUUUUUGGAGAAGAAAAAAUUUUAUAUGAUUUCCACCCUACAAAAAAAAUACAAAAUUAUUUUAAAUGUUGAGCUGAAUUGUUCACAUGACGCUAUGCAUCAAGAGUUUAUGAUGAGAGAUCUUACAACAUGGCCCAGGCGUAAAUAAUAUAAUAUGUGUUUUAAAUCUGACUGAACUUAAACAACGAAUCGGACGAGAGUGAUAACUCGUUUCAAUUUAUUUGAAUUCCCCCUUAAUUGCCAGAUGGGACAAUAAAACAAAAUCACAAUUCAAUAAACGUCACCGCUCUUCCCUGGCCAUUUUUUUUUUUUUUUUAAAGGCUGAGAAAAUUUGGAGAAGAAUGGGCGGCAACUCUAAUUUACAAUCUGCUAAUUAUCUUGAUUUUUAUUUCAUUUUUUUUUUUAUCGAAUCUGUUUGGGUUUUUUUUUUUUUUUUUUUUUUUUUUUUUUUUUUUUUUUUUUUUUUUUUGGUUUUUUUUUUUUUUUUUUUUUUUUUGAUGCGGAUGGAGGCAUUGUGAUUUUCAAAGUUAAUUGGGCUCUCAUCUUCGGAUUUUUUUAAACUCUUAAAUUAAAUAAUUGCUUUUUUUGUAACGUUUUUUCUUGAAGCUUACAUUGUACACACACACACACGCAAAAGUUCUGUUUGGCCCGGCUUGAAAUCAUUCGCCUCUCAAACGACCGAGUUCGCACCAACUGUUGUUGUUAGAAUAUAAUGUUUAUUAUUUAAAAAUAUUUUACCAGAUUUAACAUUUAGGACAUACAUGUGCAAAAAUUAAGACAAACUUUAUAAAUAUAAUAUACGAAGUAAUUUGAAACACUAUUGAGCCACUCUUGCUUACAAGGGCGUGUUUGGAAAAUGUUAACUGAAUUUAUAAGAUAAUGUAUGAUAAGAUAAGAUUAUUUAUUGAUUCAAAUCAAUGGAAUAUGUUUUUUUAUUACUUUAUACAUAUUAAUUUUCAGCGCAUAAAAAAAAAACAUAUUUAAAAAUACAUUUUGCAGUUAUAGCAAUUUACACACACGACAUCUAAAGUUGUUGUUUUUUUUUCCUCUAUCGUAGAAAUCAGCCGUCAAUAAACUCCUUUAUGGACGACAAUCACUUAGUUAGUCAUCAUUUUCGUUUAGUUAGUCGCUCACGAAGAAUACAAAAAACUCCAGUACAACGGGGAAAUUCCGUUGUCAUCGUUCGUGCCACCCUUUCCAUGGAACACACCCGUUAGCCUAAUGCUUUAACAUGAUGCGUUAAUUCAUUUUCUCUCUUUUGGUUGCCUGGGAUAGAAAAUAUCCUCAAAAGUUCAUAGGCAAUAACCAGGCCUGAAUGCCGUAAUGUAAAUGAGUAUCAUAACAAGGUAACAUAUUUCGUUGCCCAUUUCAUUGUGAUGAAGAUGUUAUCUAAGUGGCCUAACUGAAGAUUUUUUUAUUUGUUUCCUCUCAGGUAGCCUCAAAGUCAACGUGAGGCAAGCCUCCAUGUGACGUCAUGACUCGAGCAACGUCGGGGACCUGCUCGUCUGUGUGAUUGGUCUAAAACAAAAAAUAUAUUUAAAAAAGCCCAACGUGAAUCGUGUUGCCAAAAUUUCAAAUCUACAACAACAACAACAACAACAAUUUAUUCGCUUCGUUUUAUCCUUACUCUCUCAUUUUUGGACUUUGUGUUUUUGUUAGUCAUUCAGAGGGGUUCAACCAUUCAGAGGGGUUCAACCAUUCAGAGGCGUUCAACCAUUCAGAGGGGUUCAACCAUUCAGAUGGGUUCAACCAUUCAGAGGGGUUCAGCCAUUCAGAGGGGUUCAACCAUUCAGAGGGGUUCAACCAUUCAGAUGGGUUCAACCAUUCAGAGGGGUCAGCCAUUCAGAGGGGUUCAACCAUUCAGAGGGGUUCAACCAUUCAGAUGGGUUCAACCAUUCAGAGGGGUUCAACCAUUGAGAGAAACAUCGCAGAGCUGCAGUGUCAAAUGUUCAAACGCCUCUAACGUACACUUUUGUUUCAAUGACUUGUUACGUCAACUGUGUUUAAUUUGAAUGAAACGUAGAGCAAUUGUACAAAGAAAUAAAUAAAUAAAUAAAGUUUAGAAAUACUGUCCAAAGUGUUCUGUUCUAUAAUAAAACUGGAUCGUUUUAUUUGAUGGACAAUGGCUACUGCAAAGACUCAAAAAGUAAAUAUUUAUCACCGACGCAAAAUAUAAAAAUCAUAUCUUUACUUAAAAAGUUCCCAAGAUAUCAACAUGAAAAUUCCCAAGAUAUCUAAAAUGAAAACUCUCAGGAUAUCUACAACAAAAAUUUCGAAUACAGCUAAAAAAAAAAAGUCCAAAAAAUAUCUACUAAAAUAAAGUCAUAGCAUUUGUCCAAUGAAAACUCCCCAGCUCAUUAGAGACAAAAGAAAGAAAAAAAAUUGUGUUAUUGAUCUUUUCAUAAUUUAAAUAAUUUUUUUUUCUUUUGUUCGUGUGAAUGUGUUUGGAAUUUUAAAUUACUUAUCAAUAAACUAAGAAUCUAAAAUAACAAAUCAUUCGAAUCAAUAAUCAACAAACAUACUUACGUUAAAAAACUACGUAUUGAUACUCAUAGUAACUGAUUCCAAAGGCAUCAGUUUGUCGAUCACUAUGAGGUUUGGUUCCCAAGACAUCAGUUUGUCCAUCACUAUGAGGUUUGGUUCCCAAGACAUCAGUUUGUCCAUCACUAUGAGGUUUGGUUCCCAAGACAUCAGUUUGUCCAUCACUAUGAGGUUUGGUUCCCAAGACAUCAGUUUGUCCAUAACUAAGAGGUUUGGUUCCCAAGACAUCAGUUUGUCCAUAACUAAGAGGUUUGGUUCCCAAGACAUCUGUUUGUAUAUAACUAAGUGGUUUGGUUCCCAAAACAUUGGUUUGUCCAUAACUAAGUGUUUUGGUUCCCAAAACAUCAGUUUGUCCAUCUCCAAGAGGUUUGGUUCUGAAGACAUCUGUAUUGUCCAACAUUAAGAGAUUCCGUUCCCAAGACACCUGUUUUGUCCAGCACUAAGAGGUUUACAACAUAUAUUUAAAAAGUUCUUUCUAUAAGGAUCACGAAAAGUGAUGUUUCAUUUAUUAAAGAUGCUGAAGAGGACACUGCCGUCAGCUACCGUAAUCUUACACCUGUCUGUCCGAUUGAUUGAUAAAAAUGAUAUAUACAUUCUAUUCGCAGGAAUUUGUCAGGCUAUGUCUUUCUCAUCGUUAUGUUUAGUUAUCAUUUAUUUCUUACUCAUUGUUAUGUUUAGUUAUCACUUAUUUCUUACUCAUAGUUAUGUUUAGUUAUCACUUAGCUUGUAUAUCAUUGCCACAUUUUUAUUGUUGUUGAAAAUUCUUUUGGC